UAAUUUAUAAAAAUGUUAGAUAUUUUUAAAUAAUAUUUAAUAUAUAAUAAUUAUAUAUUGUUAUUUUUUAAAUAAUAAUAAUAAUAAUAAUAAUAAUAUUUAAUAAAAAUCGUAUACUUUAAUAAAUUCUUCUUUAUUAUUAAAGAAUGCCAGGGUAAGCACAAUAAUUUCUCUUGUGAAACAUAGUGUUAUAGGAUAUCUACCAUCUGCAAUAUUAGUUUCCAGUGUUACAGAGAUGUCUUUGGAUAAUAUGUUUUGUUCUCGAUGUAGAGAAGGUUUUGUACCUCAUGAGAAGAUUGUUAAUUCAAAUGGAGAAUUAUGGCAUCCUCAAUGUUUUGUAUGUGCACAAUGCUUUCGUCCAUUCCCAGAUGGAAUAUUUUAUGAAUUUGAGGGAUAUAAAUAUUGUGAACAUGAUUUUCAUGUUUUAUUUGCACCUUGUUGUGAGAAAUGUGGAGAAUUUGUUAUUGGUCGUGUAAUAAAAGCUAUGAAUGCUAAUUGGCAUCCAGGAUGUUUUCGUUGUGAAGAAUGCAAUGGUGAAUUGGCUGAUGCAGGAUUUAUUAAAUGUCAGGGUAGAGCAUUGUGUCACACAUGUAAUGCACGUGUUAAGGCUGGGGCACUUGGAAAAUAUAUCUGUCAUCAAUGCCAUGGUGUAAUUGAUGACAAACCUCUUCGUUUUCGUGGAGAACUUUAUCAUCCUUAUCAUUUUAAUUGUACUGCUUGUGGUAUAGAACUUAAUUCAGAUGCUAGAGAAGUUAAUUCUAGACCAGGAUAUGCUGCAAAUGAAAUGAAUGAGUUAUACUGUUUGAGAUGUCAUGAUAAAAUGGGAAUUCCAAUUUGUGGUGCAUGUCGACGUCCAAUUGAGGAACGAGUAGUAACUGCUUUAGGCAAACAUUGGCAUGUUGAACAUUUUGUUUGUGCAAAAUGUGAAAAGCCAUUUUUAGGUCAUCGUCAUUAUGAGAAGAAAGGUUUAGCUUAUUGUGAAACACAUUAUCAUCAACUUUUUGGCAAUUUAUGUUUUGUAUGUAAUCAAGUAAUUUCUGGUGAUGUUUUUACAGCUUUGAACAAAGCAUGGUGCGUUCAUCAUUUUGCAUGUGCUUUUUGUGAUCAGAAAAUGAAUCAAAAAACUAAGUUUUUUGAAUUUGAUUUAAAACCGGCAUGUAAAAAGUGCUAUGAUAAAUUUCCACAAGAAUUAAAAAAACGUAUGCGUCGAAUGUAUGAUUUAAAUCCUAAAAGAAUACCAGCUUAAAAAUAUAAAUUAUAUAAUGAUCUGUGGUUAAUUAGAUAUAAAAUGAAAUAAUUUCUAUUGCAUUAUAUAUAUCUUCAUUGCUAACAUUAUUUUACUUUAAUUAUUUAUAUCUUUUUUGU